AUGAUCGAUUUAAUGCUACAGACACAUAUCCACAAAUCCCAGGCUGCUCCAAUUGUUGAGCUGAAAAAUCUAUUGGCAAAAUGGGGGACCCGUUGCAGUCUUCUCAACGAAAUUCUCGCCCACUCCAUCACCGCUGGCGUCUUCGCGCGGGAGAUCGCAGGCGGACUGCUUGGCGCUUAUGCGAAACUCAACAAAGUGGCUGAAGCACGGAAGAUAUUCAAUGAAAUGCCUAAACGAGAUGUGGGGUCGUGGACCUCUCUUCAGAAUCUUUACCUCAAUAUCAAACGACCUAGGAAGUCGCUGGCGAUAUUUUCCGAUUUGGUUUUGUCUGAUUUCCCGAAACCCGACUCGCAUUCCGUAGUUGCAGCUCUUUCUGCUUGCGCUCGCUGCAAGGAUCUGAGAAAUGGAAGAGCGAUUCACGCUAUGGCGUUAAAGUACCUAGAAUAUCCUAAGACCAAUGUGCAUAAUGCGUUGAUCGACAUGUAUGGAAAAAAUCAAAGGGUUGGUUUAGCUAACCGAGUUUUCAAUGGCGUGAAUUAUAAAGACGUGGCUAUUUGGACCAGCUUACUUAACGGAUAUAUUGUAAAUAGUGAUAUGGAUUCAGCUCAGAAGGUGUUUGAUGAAAUGCCGCAGAAAAAUGUGUUCUCUUGGACUGCGAUGAUUGUAGGGCACGUUCGCAGCAAGAAUGCUCUCGAGGCGUUGGAGUUGUUCAUGAAGAUGAGACACGAAGAUGUUGGAGAGCAUUGUUGCAAUCCCACUACUUUCACUGUUGUUGCUCUGCUUUCUGCUUGUGCCGAUAUUGGGGCUCUGAAUUUAGGAAGUUCAGUUCAUGGAUAUAUUAGCAAACGCCAUGGGUUCGCUUCGGAUGUUACCGUGAAUAAUGGGUUGAUGGACAUGUAUGGAAAAAGUGGAAAUCUUGAUUCAGCUAUGAAGCUGUUUGAUUUCAUGAGGAGGAAAGAUUUGUUUUCAUGGAGCAUUAUGAUAUCUGGUUUGGCACUGAACGGAAGGGGCAAAGACGCCCUCGUUGUUUUCGAUUCAAUGGUCGAAUCAGGGCUGAUUCCAAAUGAAGUUACUUUUCUAUCAGUUUUGUCCGCUUGCAGCCAUGGAGGAUUAGUUAGUGAAGGAGAGAGAUUGUUUGAAAGAUUUGUAAAUAGCUACAAAAUUAAGCCGUGGAUUGAGCAUUACGGGUGUAUGGUAGAUCUCUUUGUCCGAGCAGGACGUUUGGAGAAGGCCUUGUGGUUGGUUGAGCGGAUGCCUAUUAAGCCAGACGCUGUGAUCUGGAGAUCCCUUCUGGCUGCUUGUCUCCAACAUGGGAAUUUCGAACUAGCUGAAGUGGCAGGAAAGAAGGUGCUUGAACUGGAUCCCGAUGAUGAUGCUGUUUACGUGCUCCUUUUCAGCAUCUAUCGCUCCAAGAAUAGGUGGGAUGAGGCUGUGAGUGCGAUGAAGAUGAUGAGAGAUCAAAGAAUCAAGAAAACGCCUGGAUGCAGUUGGAUUGAAGUGAAUGGUGGUUUUCAUGAGUUCCUUGCUGAAUCUUCUGAACACUAUGUUAGUGACAACAUAGGGAUUAUUUUGAAUGGGUUGAUUGAGCAUUCAAGAUUAUAUACAAAUCUUUUCUUGGAAUCAUCUUGAGAUUAUCAUUUUUAUCAUGGUUUGAUGGAUUCAUCAAUCAUCACGAAGGCACAGACAAUUUGUGAGCUGCGGAUGAAGGUGCUGCAGUGGUCGACAUAGAUGGGAAUCCGGUGCAGGCAGGAGUGGAUUACUACAUCCUGCCUGUUAUCCAGGGCAGAGGGGGCGGUCUCACCCUAUCCAGCACCGGCAACAAGACUUGCCCACU